AUGCCUCUCUUGGACGCUCCUGAGGAGAGGCUGAGAAAAUUUAAAUACCGAGGCAAAGAUGCAUCUGUGCUGCGGCAGCAGAGGGUGGUGGCCAGCUUGGAGCUCCGCAAGGCCAAAAAAGAUGAGCAAGCCUUAAAGAGAAGGAACAUUACUCUCCUGUCCUGUGAUUCGGCUUUUGAAACUCCAGCCAAAGUGGCCAGCCUCACUCUGGAGGAGAUAAUCGAAGGUGUGAAUGGCUCAGAUCCAAUCCUCUGUUUCCUGGCCACCCAGGCAGCCAGGAAGAUGCUCUCCCAGGAGAAGAACCCUCCUCUGAAAGUGAUCGUGGACGCUGGGCUCAUUCCCAGGCUGGUGGAGUUCCUGAAGCCCUCGCUGCACCCCCACCUGCAGUUAGAGGCUGCCUGGGCUCUGACCAAUGUAGCCUCCGGGACUACGGAGCAGACCCGUGCCGUGGUGGAAGCUGGCGCUGUCCAGUCCCUGGUGGAGCUCCUGUCCUCCCCCCACAUGACGGUGUGCGAGCAGGCUGCCUGGGCCCUCGGCAACAUCGCAGGCGAUGGCCCAGAAUUCAGAGACCUCGUUAUCUCCAGCAAUGCCAUCCCACACCUUCUGGACCUUAUGACGUCAGACAUACCAAUUGGCUUUCUGCGCAACCUCACGUGGACCUUGUCCAACCUGUGCCGUAACAAGAACCCAUAUCCCAGCAAGGAGGCCGUGAUGCUGAUGCUGCCCCAUCUCACUCUCCUCCUGCGCCACCUCGACAAUGAGAUCCUGUCAGACACCUGCUGGGCCCUGUCCUAUCUCACCGAUGGCCACAAUGAACGCAUUGAACAGGUGGUCCGCAUGGGAGUCCUGCCCCGGCUGGUGGAACUCAUGACCGUCCCAGAGCUCAAUGUCUUGACCCCUUCUCUCCGCACCAUGGGCAACGUCGUCACUGGAACGGACGAGCAGACGCAGAUGGCCAUAGAUGCGGGAGUGCUGAAGGUGCUGCCCCAGCUCCUGAAGCACCCCAAAUCCUCCAUCCAGAAGGAGGCCAUGUGGGCCCUGAGCAACGUGGCCGCCGGGCCCCGCCACCACAUCCAGCAGCUGAUCGCAAGUGAUGUCCUGCCUGCUUUGGUGAGGAUGCUGAGAGAUGGAGAAUUCCGGGUCCAGAAGGAGGCAGUGUGGACAGUGGCUAACUUCGUCACCGGGGCCUCGGUGGACCAGUUGUUCCAGCUUGUCUACUCGGGUGUUUUGGGGCCGCUGGUGAAUCUGCUCAAGGCCCCCGACGUGCGGCUGCUCCUUCUCCUCCUCGAUGUCAUCGCCUGUAUCCUCCAGGCAGCCAAAAAGACGCAGCAGCAGGAACGCCUGCGGCUCCUGAUGGAAGAGCUGGGCGGCAUGGACCGCAUUGAGGCGCUGCUAAUGCACAACAACCACCGCGUGGGCCAGAGUGCACUGACCAUCUUGGACAAACACUUCAAUGAGGUGAGUGAGCCCCAGGACCCUGCACCCCCCUACUCCACCCUACUGGGGAGGAGGAGGGUGCCCAAGUCUAGCCGAACACUGAUGGAGGGCAGAGUGGAGGAGCAGGCAGAGGGUCCUGCACCCGUGUCCUUGCCCAACAUUGGUGGAAACAUGGUAGUCAACAAAGUUUCUUAA